AUGGAAGACAAUUCUCGGGCUAAGAACUCAAUGAGUGGUGUGAGGGGUACGACAUCCAACAGGCUUUUACCUCCGUUGCGUAUCCCCAAAGCAAUGGGCAAGCUGAAGUCGCCAAUCGGAAGAUCUUGCGAGUCCUACAGGCUCGGCUCGACCAUGAAGGAAAGAACAGGAGCGACCCCCUUCCACCUGGUGUAUGGGGGAGAGGCCAUCGUACCAGUAGAAGUCUGGGUAGAAUCCGAUCGGAUUCGAGUCUACGACGAGAACAAUGCUGAGAGGAGGCAUUUGGAGCUAGACCUGGUGGACGAGACGCGAGCCAAGGCCGCCGUCUGGUUGAUGGCGUACCGGCAGAGGAUGAAGCAAAACUACAACAGACGGGUAAUUCCCAGAUCUUUUCAGGUUGGCGACCUUGUUUGGAAGAAAGUCAAGCCGGUCGACGAUGUGACCAAGCUGGGAGCUCCUUAG